AUGAGCAACUUCUCUUUUCCCGACUUUGAUGACCUUACAGUUGUCGAAGGCCAACCGAAAGGAUGCCUCUGGGGCUUUUUCGACGUUGAUGGUCAGAAAGACCAGUUGGGAACCCUGCGGCUCCUCACCAAGGAAGUUGUACAGAAGGCGAAGGACGAGAUACAAACCGGAACGCACGUGCAGCUCGACUGGCCUCUCCAUAACAUUGAGUUCCCAGGCUUUGGACGAAUUCCACUGCAGCAUACCGUCAAGGACCUCGCUGAGGAAGGAUUUGUAGCCUUUGACGAUGUUAUAUCUUUCAACACGCAGACAAGCUCUCAGUGGGAUAGUUUAAAGCAUUUCGGGAGCCAGAAGACAGGGGUUUACUACAAUGGCUCGACCCAUGAGCAACUCAAGACGUCAGAUGAUCUUGGUAUUCACAAGAUGUGUGAUAGAGGCGGCAUUGUCGGUAGAGGCAUUCUAGUCGACUGGCUCAGUUGGUGGGAGCACGAGAAUCCAGGCCUCGAGCCGCCGUCGGCUAUCAGAUGCCACAAAAUUCCCGUCUCGGAGCUCGAAGCCACACUUGCCUACCAGGGGACAGAAACAAGGCAGGGAGACAUCCUCAUCAUUGACAAGUCUGAUACAUCUUCCUCCAACAGCAACGCCAAGGCCGAUAUUCGAGCUUUGGGCACCGAAAAACAACACUACAUGAUUGGCCUCGCAAAUACUGACGAGACGGUUAGAUGGUUGUACUCGAAGCACUUUUCAGCAGUUGCUGGCGACACUAUGGGUUUCGAGGCAUGGCCGUAUCCAGAUGACUGCUGCUUACACGAAUGGUUGCUUGUCCAGUGGGGAACACCGAUUGGCGAGCUUUGGGAUCUGGAGGCACUGGCUGAAGAGUGCAAGAACGUUGAUACAAGAAUAACAGCAACACAACCAUUUUCGACCUUGAAGCGCUUUGGGUUCUUGAACUGCCAUCAGACCACAGCCUUGAACAUGGGGUCUCAAAUAAACCGCCGUCCUGUCCGUGUGGCAUCCGCAUCAGGCGCCAUCACAGACAUGGUCGAGAACCUGGCAGAGCUCGCCAAGAAUGCUGAGGUCGACUUUAUCGUGGGAGACUGGCUGUCAGAGUACAACAUGGCAGCACGCGGGAUGCUCAAAGCACAGCGUUCCGAAAGCCCAAGUUUUGAUGCUGCUCCAGCAUUCGAGCAGCAGUUCGUCGACUCCUUCCAGAGCGCAUUGCCAGACUUGGCCGCACGAAAGAUCAAGAUGGCUGUCAACGCCGGAGCAUGCGACACAGAACUUCUAUAUCAGCGUAUCCAGAAGAUUGUUCAGGACUCUGGAACAGACCUGCGAGUUGCCUGGAUUGAAGGAGACGAAGUUCUCGACGCCGUGCAGCAGUACGUUUCUGAGGGAACAAAGCUUCGAAACAUCACUACCGGCCAGUCUUUUCAGGAAUGGGGACAUAACCCUGUGUAUGCGCAGUGCUAUCUGGGUUCACGAGGCAUCUCCCAGGCUUUCAUCAAUGGGGCUGACAUCGUCCUCUGCGGUCGUGUGGCCGACGCAGCUCCGACCAUGGGCGCUGCUGCAUACUGGCAUGGGUGGUCUAGCACACAGUACCAGGAGCUCGCACACGCCUUGAUCGCUGGUCAUCUGAUAGAGUGUUCCUACUAUGUCACAGGCGGCAACUAUACCGGCUUCAAGACACUCCCUCAGGGCAAGAGUCCCCUGCUAAAUAUGCCCAUCGCCCGCAUCCAAUGUGAUGGUUCGUUCUUCAUCGAGUGCCACCACUCACAGGAUAGGGGCGGUGAGGGCAAGCGAUACUACAACUCGGACGUAGUCGCCAUCGUGGACCAGGUGAAGAUGGAACAGGCCGGCCCUGAUAGUGUCUUUGUACAUAACAUCGGCUUCGAAAAGCCUCCGCCAACGACAAAGGCCGGCCUAACUGCCCCCGGAGGCUACCAAGCCGAGGUACACUACUUCAUCGUUGGCCUGGAUGCUGAAGAGAAGGCCGCACUUUUGGAAAAACAGCUUAGAUUCUACCUCGAUGUUGAGUCCAUGUCAAAACUUGCCUUCACGGUCAGCGGGACCUGCCCAUCCAACCCAGCAUCCCAAGACGCCGCUACUGUCGAUGUGAGAGUCUUUGCCCAAGCACCUCAUGCCGAUGCUCUGUCUCCGUCCAGCUUCCGCAACAAGUGCUGGAAUAUAGUCAUGUCGACAUACUCCGGAGCAACCUUCGCCGUCGAUGACCGCCAGGCAUUUCCGAAGCCAUACAAUGAGUACUUUGUCACUAUAAUACCACAAGCCCUUGUCAAGCAUAUAGCGCAUCUUCCUUGGUGUGAGCGCGUGAUCGACAUCGAGCCACCGACUGAUACAGUUCCUUAUGUUCACCAGCAAGAGGUGCAGCCGGUGUCUGAACCACAGCCGCUGCUCUCCUUUGGGCCGAGCAUCAUGGCGCCGCUAGGCUACAUCGUUCAUGCCCGAUCCGGCGACAAAGGCUCGGAUUGUAAUAUCGGCUUCUUUGUCCGACACGAGGAUGAGUACACCUGGCUGAAGUCUUUGCUCACUGUGGACCGAAUCAUCGAUAUUUUACAGAAUGAUUAUAACGGAGGACGCGUCGAACGAUUCGAGCUGCCGAACAUUCAAGGCAAGUUACCCUUUUACCCUCGUUUGUAUAUGUACAGACCAAUAACAAGUGAAUUUUUAGCUGUCCAUUUUCUACUAAAAGACCACCUUGACCGAGGAGUGGCGGCGAGCUCGACCUAUGAUGUGCUGGGAAAGAAUGUGGCCGAGUAUCUAAGAGCAAAGCAUGUGCCUAUCCCAAGAAAGUUUCUUGAUCGCGGAAGAAUUUAG